AUGAUACCGAAGUACAUGGGUAUUGUCAAAAUGCUAUCUUAUAGAAUGUUUUGGAAUAAUCAGACCAGUUUUUCUAUAGUUUCUGAUGUAAUAGCAAGAAACAGAUUUGACAACCUAAGGUCUUACUUUCACGUUAAUGAUAAUACUCAUAUGUUACCCAGAAAACAUAGCCAACAUGACAAAUUGUUUAAAAUCAGACCUUUUUUGAAUGCUAUAAGGGAUAACAUGAAAAAAGUUCAUGUAAAUGAGUAUAUAGCUGUUGACGAAAUAAUUAUUCCUUUCAAAGGUCGCUCAAUUAUGAAGCAGUACAAUAAAAAUAAGCCUCAUAAAUGGGGAAUCAAAAUGUUUGCACUGGCUUCAUCAAAUGGACUAGUGCAUGAUUUUGAAAUAUAUGUUGGCAAAGGUACUUUACCUCCAUCGAACCAUGGCCUAGGUAUUAGUGGAGAUGUUGUCAUGCGACUUAUUGAAUGUAUUCCAAAAAAUGAAAAUUAUAAGGUAUCUAUGGACAAUUGGUUUAAUUCCUACAACUUGCAAUGCAAGUUAAAAUUUGUUGGAGUUCAAAGUAUCGGGACAGUACGUUCUAAUCGUAUUGCCGGUUGUGUAUUAGCAAAUGAUAAGCAAUUGAAAUCUGAAGAACGUGGCAAGACCACUACCUGUGGAGAAUGUCAAAAGAUGGUCUGUUGCACAAAAAAAAAAGUUGAUGUCCCUAGACCAGCGUCAAUUGGUGAAUAUAAUUCUUAUAUGGGAGGCAUUGAUUUACAUGAUAUGCUAGUGGAGCUAUAUCGUGUAAAUAUAAGAUUAGAAAUAUCUCAUGCUUUAUUACAAUGUGGAAAAGUUCAAACGCCAAAAAGAGGUAGACCAUUAUCUAACACACCACUAACUAAAAAAAUAAGAACUUUUACUCCAAGACCAACUAACGAUGUUAGAUAUGAUGAAACUGGACAUUGGCCAAUUCGAGUCAUUACAAAAACAAAGAUGUACAAAUUGUAUUACAUGUUAUUCUACAACAAAAUGUGA